AAUCGUGCAGGUUUUUUAAUUUUUAAUUUUAUUAUUUUAUCUCUUUUUGGGAGGGGGAACAGGGGCGUAUGACAGGAAGAUGGGAUAUGGCAAGGAGAGGGGGAUAUGGAGAGGAGGAAGAGGAUGUGGACGAGAAGGACGACGAGGAUAGCGAGGACGACGAGGGGGAGGAGUCGAGAUAAGAGAUGGACGGAGGGAAAAGAGGAAGGGCAGGAGGAGGAGGACGAGUGGGAGGAGGAGGAAACAUGGACGGCGAGGAAGGGGAGGACACGAGGAGGCAUGGAAGAUGAGGAAGUACGACGAGGAGACAAGGAGGAUGAGGAAGGGCAGGAGGAGGAGGAUGAACAGGAGGAGGAGGAGGAGGAGACGAAAAGGAGAAGGGAGGAGGAGACAUGGAGGAUGAGGAAGGGGAGGAGGAGCAAGCAGGAGGCGAGUCCGAAGAGGAGCCCGAAGCAGCCGAGUCCGAAGGUCUCACCUGCGAGCACGAGGAUCGGGAAAGGACAAAAGAAGAUAAGAAAAACUUCAAGAAGACAUCAGACGAAAAGGAAGAACAUGCGACAAAGCUACGACUCUAGCACAACGGAGACGAGUGAAGAAGAAAGCACGACAUCGGGGGAAUCAAGUGAGGACACAAAUGGCGAAGCUAUGAGGCUGGUGAGAACAAUCAGAGAAGAAAAGAAGCUGGAGGCAUCCACGAACAAGAAGCAGGUGAAAGAGAAGAAGAAAAAGGAGGUCAAUGUGAAAUCAACUUAUGAACGAGAAGAGUGUUUGGAGAAGAGAAGCGAUGUAACGAUGGGUACACUACAUGAGCCAAAGACACCAUUGUCUGGAGAGUUUAAAGGCAUAGCUGCGGGAUGCUCACAGCAAGGCAUGGUGGAAUACACGCUCACUGUGAUGAAAGAACUGUCGAAGAAAUCUAGUCAAAAAGAAAGGACGAUAUGAUCGGUGAACUGGUGAAAAGAUAAACGGACCAUGCUUAU